GCUCAAACACAAGGAAAUGGAAUUGGAAAACCUACGGGUAGUAAGCGGUGGUCUUGAUCGUGAGCGCGAGGACUAUAUGACUAAAUGCAUUGGAAUGGAGGAGCAAAUUAAGGGUUUAAUAGAAGAAGGAAAUGUUAUGUCUCAGAGGGAGAAGAGUGCAGGGGAAAGAAUCUGUCACUUGGAGGAGGUAGUUAAGAAAAUGGAAACUGAUGAAAGAGAGAGGUUUAGGGAAUUGGAGAGAAGGCUAUUAAAAGUUGAAGAAGAAAAUGCAGCAUUGAGAGCCUUGCAAAAUGUAGUUUCUUGUGAAAGAACUUGCAGGGAUAUGGAUGGCAGGGUCUAUGCAGCUAAUGAGGCGCACUUGACAAGAACUGAAACUAGUCCAAAUUUUAUUUUUACACCUGCCAGCUGCAUACCUUCUUUUUCACUGCAAGUAACUGUCGAUGGUGUAACCCCCUCAGGGUACCCUGAGAAACAACUAGUACUGGUUAAGAAAUGGGUACAACAAGGGAACAAAUGGAAAUUGAACACUGGAGGUUGGCUUGUUUGGUUCUGAAACACCACAAUAAUGAUCUGAUGAUGGAGUCUAGUAAAGUUAAGAGAAGGUUUCAGGAAGAGGGUUUUAAGGAAGGAGUAGAGAUUUCACAGAAACAUGAUGAUCCCAAUGUAACAGUCUACAAGAGGAAAAAAUGUGCAGACACCAUGGAAAUGGAAAAUCACCAUUGGAGGUUAGCUUGUUUGGUUCUGAAACACCAAAACAAUGAGCUGACGAUGGAGUGUAGUCAACUUAAGAAAAAGUAUGAGGAGGGUUUCAAGGAAGGAAUAGAAAUUUCAAGAAAACAUGAUGAUCCCAGUGUCAUAAUCUACAAGAGGAAAAAAUGUUGUACAGACGUUUUGGAGGAUGAUCAAAGGGGCAAAUGUCAAAAAUGUACUGAACUCAACCGGGAAAUCGAUGAUUUGAAGUUGAUGAAGAAAAGAGAUGCUGUUGAGAUUGAAGAUCUGAGGAUAAAUUGCAUGGAAAUGGACAUUGAAGUAACCGCCUUGUCGAAUCAUGAAAUCGACUUGGAAAAAGAACUAGAAGCUUAUAUAAUCAAGUGUCAAGGAUUGUCUGCAGAGAUACAACGGAAGGGAACGGAAUUGGAGAACCUAGAGGUAGUAAACGGCCGUCUUGAUCGUCAGUGUGAAAUGUACAGGGCCAAAUGCAUUGCAAUGGAAGAUAAAAUCAAAGGGUUGAUAGAAGAAGGAAUUGUCAUGUCUGGAAUUGUUAUGUCUGAAAGGGAGACUAGUGCAAGGGAAAGAAUUCGUCACUUGGAGGUUUGCAGAGUUGGAAGCUUAUAGAAUCAAAUGCCAAGGUUUGUCUGCAGAGCUGGAACGGAAGGGGCUGGAAUUGGAGAACCUAAGGGUAGUAAAUGGUGGUCUUGAUCGUGAGCGCGAAGACUGCAUGACUAAAUGCAUUGAAAUGGAAGACAAAAUCAAGGGGUUAACAGAAGAAGGAAUUGUUAUGUAUUAAAGGGAGAAGAGUGCAGGUCUCAGGAGGUAUCAUUCAUACCCUUGUUAUCUAGUGUUUUAUUUGUUUGCCUUCUGUUAGUGUGGCUCUCCGCUAUGUCCAAUUGUCCAUUGUUUCUCUGUGUUCAUGUAGAUGCAUAUCAUAGUUACAUGUUUACAUUGAUGGUCAUACCCUGCUGUUAAUGUGGUAGCAGACAAACCUUGGCAUUUAGUCAUGCAGUCUUCUGUUAGGGUUCCAAUUCUCUUGCCAAUGCAAUUUCAUGAUUCAACAAGAGGGUUUGUCACUUUGAGGAGGUAACUAAGAAGAUGGAAACAAACGAAAGAGAGAGGUAGCCGAGUUGCAAGCAAUAAAAUCAAGUGUCAUGGUUUGUCUGCAGAGCUCGAACGGUUUGUCUUCAUUUCCGUGUAUAUGAUAGCAGUUAGAGUUAACUGUGGUUUCUAUAUUUCAUGAAUUGCACAAGGUUGCUGAAUAGGUCACAUCUGAUUGAUAUUUGCACUAUGCUAAGAUCAAUUUCAUUACACCAAUUAAUAGCAAAAGAAGGAAAAAAAUCUAUUAUUACAAAUUGAACGUGGAUGGGUUUAAGUAACAUUG